AUGAAUUACACCGGUAAUGAUGAUUUUGGAUCCACAUUUUUCAAUGGUGUAAGUACCUUUAUACCAAAUGGAACACGUAUUGAUUCAAAUUUCAAUAGCUUUAGUCACGGUCGAUCGAAUAUUACCGGGUAUAAUAACGAUAUCAAUAACAAUGAUGAUACAGUUGAUCAAAACAACAAUUCAGAUUCUACUAUAACAAAUCAAGACGGAAGUGCUAUGAAUAAAAUAUCCAGAAUUGAUAAAAUUGAUGUGUUACAACAUUUAAUCAAUACAUUAAAUGGUAAAGAUAAACUAGCUAAAACUUUAAAAUAUUUUUUAGAUUUAUUACGGUAUCUAUUGUCUACUAAGUCCAGUAUAAUUGUAAAGAAUAAAUGGAUUCAUCAAAUAACAUCUGUAAUGGUCAAGAAUUUAGUUAAUAGAUUAAUGUUCGUAAGUAUUCAACUAACUACAUACCGAUACAUUCUGAGAUUUGGUAAUAGUCCAUUUUUAAUAAUUAAAUUUAUUCAAAAAUGGAGGUCUUUACUAUAUAGUGAUAAAAAUUUUAGUAAUGACAGUGAUAAUUGGAAAAGGAAACCGUUCAAUUUGUUGAUACUGAUCUUUAAAGAAUCAUUAUUUAAGGAAUUGUUUAAUAUUUAUUUCAGCGUAUGCGAUGAAGUUAUGUUAUUAAACAGACUUCGGAUCUGGAAACAUGCAAAAUUGGAAAAAAUUAUAUCAAGACAAGAAAUAUAUUCAUGGCAACUGGAUAUAUUUUUGAAUUUAAAAGAUAACAUAACUGAAUUGCAAAGACUUAGAAGACAGUCGUUAGAGUAUCGUAUAGAAAAAAAUAUUAGGGAGGUUAAUAAUAAUUUAUAUCCCAAUCAGUUUAGUCCAGACGGAGAUAUGACUCUUUAUCACUCAUGUUUAGAUGUUUUAGAUAAAAAUUUGAUUGUUAAUUUAAAGAAGCAGCGUAUAUUAAAAUUAAAUAUAUUAAGAUUAUUAUUCGAUGCAUUAGCUAAUUCAACAGAUUUGUUUAAACUAAGGGUGUCCUUAGGAACUUAUAGUGGUUUAUCAUUAUGUUCAAGUAUUAUUAGUUUGAUAAAAUUGUGGAUAGAAGCAAAACAGAAAAUAUCUAAAACACCUUUAUAG